UGAUUAUAUUUUAUUAAAUCGGAAAAGCACCACAGUGUUUUUGUCACUUCCUGUCCAGCCUGAAGGCGGCUGGAAUCGGCUGGAAACUGUCCGACUUUACCGCAGCUUUUUGUCCCCGCCCCCCGCUGCUGCCGUCGCUCCCCGUCGACUUUACAGGCGAGGUGCACUUCAUCUCGAACGAGCCUAAUGAAUGAUGGUACUUGUCACUGAUCAACCGCUGCAGUUGUAGGGUUGGACGUAUGGUGGCCGACAGGGGCCAACGCAAUGCAACUUAAUGAAACCCCCCAUCAAAUAGACAAAAUACAAGCAAAUUAAGAAACCAUCUUCAUUAAUUUGACAAAGAUGCACAGCAUUUAGUAAACGCGAUGCAAAUACACACAACACAACCAAAUUCAGAAACGAUGCAAAAAAAAAAACUCCAAUGGAAGUUCACCAGGCCUGCAUUAGUGGAUUUGUUUCGACUGUCUUCCAUAAAGCCCUCGAUGUAGAUAUCUGUUGUAAAUUGUUUCAGUUGGUGUGAAUGUUACUCUGGCAACUUAAUAGGAAAUUACCUUAAGAAUAACUUGGUCUCGUAUCUGUUGAGAACAGCUAGAUCAGCAAGAACAAAAGACUCCCCCUCUUAAGUUGAGAGCUCAGCUAUGUACUUUAUAUUAACCUGCAGAGUGUGGACAGGAGGAGUGUCCGUCCCUUUAUCAGAAAGGACAAACAAUGUGCAAUCUUCUUUUUUCAUAGUGCUUUAAUUCUUAUCUCUCAUAAAGAUAUAAGAGUAUACGUACAACAUUUUGACAUCGUAGCAUGUGUAUAACACUGUAACACACAUGUUAUUUGUAGUUUCAAAUAAUAUACAAAUAUUAUAUCAGUAUCGUCGCCUCGCCUCACACAGCAAAGGCCUGCAUGUCCCCAAAGAGCAACAGUUGAUCAUGACGUUUUAAAAGUGUGAAUAAGUGUUUAACUUUUCCCCACUUCCCUCUUCUUUAGUCUCUGUAUGGUCGAGAUCUACCAAGGUUAUGUGAAUCUUAUUUUGGAUUAGUGGAUUUUUUUCGACCGUCUUCCAUAAAGUCCUAAAUGUAUCUGUUGUAAUUUGUUCCAAUUGGUUUGAACGUUACUUUGGCAACUUAAUAGGAAAUGACCUCAAGAAUAACUUGGUCUUGUAUCCGUUGAGGCGAUCCUUUGUUGUCAAAGACUCCACCUCUUAAGUUGAGAGCAGCCUUCCUGGAGCACAGUCAGACAUCACAGAGCUGUGAUCAUACGCACCACGAUGAACCGGAGCCUGAUAACAGCUUUGAUUCUCUGCUGGAUCUCUGUCUCAGGUUCUGAGUCUCUCACUGAGACUGUGGAGGGUCGGCCGGGUGGAGAAGUCACACUCACAUGCUCCAACAUGUCCAGCAGAGAGGCUCCAACAUUCUGGUUGAGAGUGGUCAACAGAACCAAGGCCAGCUGGAUCUCCUCCAUGGCCAGCUCUGCAGGCACUCCUUUGUACAUGGUUGGAAAUCAAGAUGGGAAAUUCCACAUGAGUACCAACAUCUCCACUCUCUUUCUCCAAAUCAAACGAGUGGAUGUAUUUGACUCUGGACUGUAUUUAUGUGGAUUUUACAUCGGAGGACGUUUUAAUUCCAGCACAAUACACUUCAAUGUUAAAGGUAGCGAUAAAUCUCGUGAUGAUGACGACAGGAAGUCUGAAAAGUGUGAUGGAACAGUAAACCUGAUGAGUUUGGUCCUGGGCGCUCUGACUGGUCUCCUCUUCAUGAUCAUCAUCGGUCUGGUUGUUAAAAACAGGAAACUUCAGAAAGCUGCCAACGAAGAACAGAAUCCACAACAGCCUGAGAAUCUGGACUCUGGCCUGAAAGAUGCAGCGCUGAGUUUGUAUGCAGCAACAAUAAGGAACAGGAGGCCUGCAUCAGAGAGAGAAGUGGAGACUCAUGUUGUUUAUGCUGUCCGCAGAUAGACUCAAAGGGGAACUGAUGCUUUAUCAUAUUCAUCUCCUGCUGUCUUCUUUUGUGGGUGAAUGGGGAGGAGUUACCCUUUUCUU